AUGGGUAAACGCAAGCAAAUCAAAGAUGGUGACGUCUCCAUGGGCGGUACUGACCCUGCGACCGGCGACUCCUCCGACGAAGACAUCGACAUGGUUAACGUCGACUUCGAAUGGUUCGACCCUCAGGAGAUUGACUUUCACGGAAUCAAGCACCUCAUUCGGCAGCUCUUCGAUGUUGAUGCGCAGGACCUCGAUCUUUCCGGGUUAACGGAUAUGAUUCUCGCCCAGCCAUUGCUGGGGUCCACCGUCAAGACGGAUGGGAAGGACUCAGAUCCGUAUGCCUUUUUGACUGUGUUGAACCUGCAGGAACAUGCUGAUAAACCCCCGAUUAAGUCCUUAACAACGUACAUUAAGCGCAAAGCCAGCGGCACGCCUUCCCUCUCCCCCCUCGCCCAACUCUUCUCCCAGACGCCCAUCCCGCCAAUCGGGCUCAUUUUAACAGAACGACUCAUAAACAUGCCCUCCGAAGUCGUUCCUCCCAUGUACGCGAUGCUGCAGGAGGAAAUCACUUGGGCGAUUGAGGAGAAAGAGCCGUACAAUUUCUCGCACUACCUGAUUGUUUCGAAAACAUACGAGGAAGUCGAGUCUAAGUUGGAUGCAGAGGAUUCAAGGCCGCAGAAGAAGAAGAAGAAGGCUGGGCAGGAGAAGGGCGAGCGGUUCUUUUUCCACCCCGAGGAUGAGGUGCUCGAACGCCAUGCGCUCUGUAAGGGCGGCUAUGAAUAUGAGCAUAAGCAUGAUGAGGGGCAUAGUGAUUCGAAGAGGGCGUUCCAGGAACUGGGAAUUCGAACAGCGGGGAGUUUGAUUCUGAUUGAGGCGGGAAGGUUCGAGGGGGCGGUUAAAGAGAUGGCGGAGUAUUUGAGUCCGCAGCAGUAG